GCGCGGCGGCGGCGGGCGGCUACGGCCGUGCGGGACUGCGCGGCGCRCGGCGGUGGGAGUGUCUCCGGCCGGUCUGCAGAGAGGACAUCUACUGAGAUCUUGAACCCCGCUGCUGAUGUCAUGGAGUCUGUCACCUUUGAGGAUGUGGCCGUGGGGCUCUCCCAGGAGUGGGCAUUGCUGGACGACGUGCGGAGGGACCUGUGCAGAUAUGUGUUACUGGACAACUACCAGACCUUGGCCUGCAGAGACUGGGGGUCUCAAUGCAAAUCUAAAGAGUCAGCAUCUCUGCAGGGUAUUUUGGAAGACAUAUCACCCAGGGACACACAGAUGGGACUGCAGGUGGCCUUGCAGACUCAGAGGGUGGUGACGCCGGUGCCCACGCUGGGUCUCCCCAACCCAUGGGUGGCCAGGGCUUCUGCUCUGCCUGCUCAGGAUCCUGCCUGGCUCCAGGAAGAGGAAGAUGCUAUGGCUCCUGGGUGGCUGACCACCUGUUCCCAGGAACCAGUGACUUUUGCGGAUGUAGCAGUCGUGUUCACUGCAGAAGAGUGGGUUUUCCUGGACUCUGCUCAGAGAAGCUUGUACAGAGAUGUGAUGCUGGAAAACUAUAGGAACCUGGCCUUCUUGGGAGAUGAACUAGGAAAACCCAGUAUGUUGUCCCCCUGGGAGCVAAGAGAGGAGCUGUGGAGCCGUGAGAGAGGAGUCUUCCCAGUGACCUGUUUAGAUUCCUCGAAUCUGCGGAGACACCUGAGAACUCACACUGGAGAGAAGCCCUUUGAAUGCAGUCAGUGUGGGAAAACCUUCACCAGGAACUUCAACCUGAUUCUGCACCAGAGAAACCACACAGGAGAGAAGCCCUAUGCAUGCAAGGACUGUGGGAAAUCCUUCAACCAGCCCUCAUCUCUCCGGAGCCAUGUGAGAACUCACACUGGAGAGAAGCCCUUUGCAUGCAGCCAGUGUGGGAAAGCCUUCAGGGAACACUCAUCAUUGAAGACGCACCUGCGGACCCACACCAGAGAGAAACCCUAUGAGUGCACCCAGUGUGGGAAGCCCUUCAGGACCAGCACACACCUGAACGUGCACAAGAGAAUCCACACGGGGGAGAAGCUCUAUGAGUGUGCGACCUGCAAUCAGGUCUUGAGUCGUCUGUCCACCCUCAAGAGUCACAUGCGGACUCACACCGGAGAGAAGCCCUACCAGUGCCAGGAGUGUGGACGAGCCUUUAGUGAGCCCUCGUCCCUCAGGAAACAUGCGAGGACUCAUAGCGGCAAGAAGCCCUAUGCGUGCCAGGAGUGUGGGCGAGCCUUCGGCCAGUCUUCACACCUCAUUGUGCACGUGAGAACCCACACCUCGGGGAGACCCUACCAAUGCAAUCAGUGUGAGAAAGCCUUCAGGCACAGCUCCUCACUUGCCGUGCACAAAAGGACCCACAGUGGCAGAGAGAACAUAAGGAAAGGUGGCUUGCCUUUGUCAGCGUCUCACUCCUACAGUGGCCCCUCGUCAGUUAGCUGUGGGUUUGUAGAAGUGUAAACAUUUGGGCUGCCGAUGUUCAUAAAAUACUUGUUAGCAUGUGACUCAUGUUUUCACGUCCAGCAGGUGAAACCAGCCCUGGCCUGUUUAUUUCUUCUUACAUGAAAAUAAUGCUUUCUUACUAACACAAGAAAUUGUUUUUGAGGAAAGAAUAGGAGUGAAUGGGGGUGUGUAUGUUUAUUUCACCACAAAUCCCUAACUGACGCAUUCAUCAUGUCUGUUUAUGUAAACACUUCAUGGUGGUUGAAAUUAAUGUAUUAAGUUCUACAUUAGCCCACUGGAUCAAGCAUAUUAUUUGCGUAAACACACUUAUAAAUAUUGAUUUCUGAUCGGUCAUUUACUGAGAGAGGUGUGUUAUACUCCCCACGAUGGUGAUGGAGAACUGAAUAAUUCCAUCAGUUUUUAAG